GCCCAUAAACGACCGCAUACGUACCCGUCUGUUUUCAUAUCGCCCCCGCGUAAAUAGUGCAGUACCACAGCCAUGUCCAACCUCAUCGACGCCGACGCUGGUACCGAGCGCUUCAGCGGCUACGAAGCCGAACUGAAGCUGGUGCAAGCCGACCUUAGCCAGCAGAUAGAGCAGAUCAAAGAGACGACUGGAGAGCCAAGGAAAGCCGCCAUCAGCAGGGCUGAGCGGGCGCUCGAGGAGGCCGAGGAAUUGAUUGGCCAGAUGCGCCUCGAAAAGUCCAACAUACCAGCCAACCUCAAAUCCAAGUACAACGCACGUUUCCGCAACUAUGAACACGACCUCGAUACUACCAAGCGCAAGCUGGAAACGUACACGUCGGACCGCUCCAAGCUCUUUGGCAACCGCUACACAGACAACCCGGAUGGCAGCGACGCUCAGCUCGAGCAGCGCCAGCAGCUGCUCUCGGGCACAGAUCGCUUGAACAGGUCAAGUAACCGAUUGCGGGAGAGUCAGCGCAUCGCGCUCGAGACGGAGCAGAUCGGCGCUAGCACCCUUGGCGACUUGCACAGGCAGAGAGAACAGAUUACCAACACGAGGGAGAGGCUGCUGGAGAGCGAGGGCUACACGGACCGAAGUAUCAAGACGCUGAGGGGCAUGGCGAGACGGAUGGCUACCAACCGUAUCAUCACCAUUGCCAUUAUAACCGUCUUAGUCCUGCUCAUCAUGGCGGUCAUUUACAGCAAGUUCAGAUGAUGGCCUUGCACCAGUCAACUACCACGAUAAGCGUGAAUUUUUGUUCGUUUGGCGUUUGGGGGGGGCAAUACUUGUAUAUAUUGCACGGGAACUUGUUCUUUGGACUGUCCAAUCAAGACUCUAGUCGUGUAAUGGCAUCACACUUUUCCAUCAUAUCACGUGAGGACGAGCAUGUGCGAUUGAAUAUGGGUUUUUUUCUCUCUUCCUACUGCUUGACGCGGGUUUCGACAUUACAGGCAUAUUGCGUGCGUUUCUCUCUCUCUCUCUCUCUUUUACAUGCUAUUUUGCACAUGUCCCUUUAUUUUCCUCUCUCCCUCCUCCCUCUCUCUCUAUCUUUCC